GCAUUUUUCAUACUCUUCGUUCACUUGUAAAUUGCAAUUUACUCUCUCUAGAAAAAAAUUGUCAAUUUGUCAAUUUAAUUACUUAUCGGCUCCUUGCCUUUGCAAUUCCUACCAUUUAGAAGGUACCUACCGAUGAAGAGGUUAACAUGGAGCCAGCCUUCAUCCACCAAAUCAACCAGCUCGGGCAGCAACUCGACCUUCUCAAGGAAUAUAUCGAACUAAAAUUUGGUCUAGAUUUUAGUCAAUUUCGAACCUUGAAAGCUUCUAGCCCCAAUGCGGACAUAAUCUUCCUCCACACCGAUGGAUCGCUCCAGUAUCGUGACGAACUCGUCGAAAGGAAUGAGGAGCAAGACGAUGACAUCAAAGAUGAAGGAGAGCAAGUCGACGACGAUGACGACCAUGUCGAAAUUGGCGACGAAGGAGUCUCCGUCCACUGGGGAGAAGACGGCAAACCUUCCUUCGAGGAACGAGAGGAUUUCAAUGAUCAAAGAGAACAAGGUGACCAGGACGAAAUUGACGAUUGGGGACAGGACAGCUUGCCCGUCGUCACAAGUGUGUACGAACUAGAGCCUGACGACGUCAAUGUCCCGGCAUUCGAUGACGACAACUAUUCUAAUCACCAAGGUGAAGGUGACGAUGAGGACAACAUCCCUGCCUCAUUUUACCAAUCGUACAGCGGGAGUUAUCAGUACGACAACGGUAACAACGACGAGCGGGCGGAGGACGACUCUUCAGCCGUGUACGGACAAGAAGAAGAAAUCGGUCAUGACGUCGAAAGUGUCGCACUUGUCACCAAUUCACCUCACAAUGACCAUAAUUAUUACAAAGAACACUCUACGGCCCUGUACGGACAAGAAGAACGAAUCGCCAACGACGACAAUUAUGGCGCCGAAAGUGUCAAUAAUUCUUCACCUCCCCAGGCCGAUACUUUCCUAAUUCCCCUCACCAUCAAUAGACGGAAGAGGAAAGCCAAUCCAUCUCCCGAGGGAAAAAGCGGGGGCGUAAUGAAAAAUAUUGGGAAUCUGAUAGUCCCACCCUUUAAAGCAGACAAUUUUAUGGAUGAAGAUAAUUCCGGAAAACUUAUCAAGCACCCUGAAAGAAAACGGGCUAAAGUCACCGAUAGGAAGUCGCCACGUGCCACAGAAACGUUAACUUUCAGAGCGAGAAACGGGAAUGACGACAAUGACGACGAAGAAGAACAAGACGGUGACGACGACCACGAAGAAAAGUUAAGUCUUCAAAUUGCGAACGAAUCCACUUCUACGGAUGAUGGUCUCUUCGUCGAGAAAAUUACCCGCCCUGACAAACCCCCUGAAGGGAAACGUUUCAAAAACCAAAUUGCCAGGAAGUCCGUACCUGCAACUGAGGAUCAGCUGGGACAGGGGACAAAGGAAAAAAGAGCUGCUACAGUAGCUGCCCGGAAGGCAGAAAAGGGCCGGGGGGCCCGACAAGAAGAUAUGCUGCCGAGAAAGAGUCAAUUUGGCAGGAAGUGGUCAAAAGUCUACACCUAUUACGACUUAGACGAGACUCUACAGAAAUACGUUUGUAAGCGAUGCGGCAAUUCUUACUUCAUGGGCGGAACGGGGCCGCUUAUCCGGCACUUAAGAACGCACGAGGAUUUGAGAGAAGAGCUUAAAACAGCGAUAUUUCGACCACAAGCUCGUUAACGGGAGAAUGAAAGUGAAGACGAUAAACUACGCUCGCGUUAAAAUUAUAGUUUAUUUGUAGUUAAGUAUAAAAUUGGACUCAUUUAAUUAACAAAAAUAGCAAACAUAUUGUUUCCAGAAGAGAUUUACGCUUAUUAUUUAUUACUCUAACAAAUUUUAAAUGUUUUCAUUGGCUUGCGUAGGUUAUUCUAUACUUUGUUAAAAACAUGAUUGAGAUUAACUAUUAAAUAAUACCAAUUUAUUUGAUGCA